AGAACUUACGGGUCUUUGAAGCAGCGGUGCUAACAGUCGGUGAAGCGCUAGCAUCGGGAGGAUUUGGGUUUACUUCACUGCAGACAUGCCGUAUGCGAACCAGCCCACGGUCAAGAUCACCGAACUAACAGACGAGAAUGUCAAGUUUGUGAUUGAGAACACCGACCUGGCAGUUGCGAACUCCAUCCGUCGAGUCUUCAUGUCAGAGGUUCCAACUAUAGCGAUCGACUGGAUCCAGAUCGACGCCAACUCCUCCGUCCUGCACGAUGAGUUUGUUGCUCACAGAGUGGGCCUCAUCCCUCUCACCAGCGACGACAUCGUGGAGAAGCUGCAGUACUCCAGGGACUGCACCUGCGAUGACUUCUGCUCCGAGUGUUCCGUGGAGCUGACGCUGGACGUGCGAUGCACGGAGGACCAGACGCGGCACGUGACGUCACGUGACCUGCUGUCCAACAAUCCCAGAGUCAUCCCGGUGACCUCCAGGAGUCGAGACAACUCCAACGAGUACGCAGAGCAGGAUGACAUCCUGCUGGUGAAGCUCCGCAAAGGACAGGAGCUGCGGCUCAGAGCCUACGCCAAGAAAGGCUUCGGCAAAGAGCACGCCAAGUGGAACCCGACGGCCGGGGUGUCGUUUGAAUACGACCCGGACAACGCCCUGAGGCACACCGUCUAUCCACGACCCGAGGAAUGGCCCAAGAGCGAGUACUCUGAGAUCGAGGAGGACGAGGUCCAGGCGCCGUACGACCCCAACGGGAAGCCGGAGAGGUUCUACUACAACGUGGAGUCCUGCGGCUCCCUGCGACCUGAGACCAUCGUCAUGACGGCACUGGCCGUCCUCAAGAAGAAGCUGAGCGACCUGCAGACGCAGCUGAGCCACGAGAUCCAGAGCGACGUCCUCACCAUCAACUGAGGACUCGCUGCCGUCUCACCCCGAUGCUCGUUCACUUUGGUUGUGUCCUUUUAAAAUAAACGUUUUUGUAUCUUCUCCAGCAGUGAUGCGG